AUGACGAACUGGAAGCAUUUGACCAUCUGGGCUCUCAGCAAUGCCCAAGUGCUCACAGUCUCGGCGAGAACCCUUGACCCAGCCAAGAGGCAAGCAACAACAACCAAGUAUUGCCCGGAUGAUGGAGAGAUCUGCUUCUCUGAGUGGGUAGAACCUGCCAGUAGUAUCAUCUACCGAGUGGCAAUCCCUGAUGUUGCCUCCGCACCCUUCGACCUUUUUUUCCAACUUGUUGCGCCCAAAGACAAGGCAGGCUGGGCAGCUGUUGGAUGGGGCGGCAGAAUGAACUACAAUCCCCUGACCGUGGCAUGGCCAAAUGGAGAUAGCGUCGUCGUCUCUUCGCGUUGGAGCACGGGACGUGUUGUGCCUGGUGCCUACGCCGGAGCCAGCUACACUGUUCUGCCAACAUCAACAGCAAAUGCCACUCAUUGGCAACUUGACGUUCUCUGCAAGGGAUGCAGUCAGUGGGAGGGAGGAUCUCUCAAUCCCAAUGGCGUCAAUACACUCGCUUGGGCCAAGAACACUCGUCUUCCAAACACUCCAAGCAGCAACACCAGCACUUUCGGCAUUCACGACGCCAGGGGUACCUUCUCGCUCGAUCUCAGUGUCGCAAAGAUCCCCCAGGAGGUCUUCGACACCAUCGAAUCAGGUCAAGAACGACGUGACGUCAAGCUUGGCAGCGAUGUGCUUCCCACUUUGUUGACAGAAGUGGCCGCGGAGUCUGUAAUCCCACAAGCGACAACAACAACUUCGCGUCAGCCGCCUUUGAUCGUGACCCAACCCCCUAUAGUCACAACAACCAGGGCUGCCACUACUUCAUCCUCUCGCAAAACCUCCACCACCAGUUCUUUCAUCGUGAUCACAACACGCCAGAGCCAGCAACCCUACCCCAUCGUAUCUCUCUUCCCAACGGUCAGUACCACAACCACAUGGGGCCCUCAACCACCGGCUGGGAACCCAGCACUUCCCACUUUGACAGGCCUGCCUACCGUCGGCUUACCCACGGACAACGGCACGUACUUCUGUCAGAACCACCACGACAAGGGUGAGACCGUUUCCACCUUGGGUUACGGGACCGCCGAAGGGGAAGGGAAAGGGGAAAGGGAAGGGGUUGGGCCCGAAGGAGAGAAGGGAUAA